AUGAGUUCCCCGGACGAAAAGGGCGAGAAGGAUGCUGCCGAUGCUCUCACUGCUCCGCCGGUGUCCAACAUCAAGCAGGAAGCCAACCCAGCUCUCGAGGUCGGGGUCGAGGCAGCCGACUCGCUUCUGGUCAAGUGGGACGGCGAUGCCGAUCCGCACCACCCCUUCAACUGGCCGCGCCCGCGCAAAUGGGCCAUCACCAUCCUGCUCUCCAACGGUGGGCUCGUCACCCUCAUGUCCGGCGCCAUGCUUGCGCCAUCGCUCCACGCCAUCGCCCAGGACUUCGGCACUGCCGAGGAGGAGGCGCAGAUUUUCCUCUCCAUCUUCGUCCUGGCCUUCGCUUUCGGCCCCAUGGUCCUCUCGCCCCUCGCCGAGGUCUUCGGCCGCCGCCCCGUCUGGAUCCUGUCUAGCUGCUUCUACAUCCUCUGGAACACCGUCGCCGGUUUCAGUCGCACGCCGGGCCUCAUGAUUGCGAGCCGUGUCCUCUCCGGCAUUGGCGCCAGCGCCGAGUUCGCCGUGACGCAGCCCGUGCUCUCCGACUGCUGGGUUCCGGACGAGCGUGGAAAGUCGUACGCCAUUGCCACCUUCAUCCCGCUUCUCGGGCCCGCCAUAGGACCCAUCAUCGGAGGUGCCGUCACGCAGUCCAUCGGCUGGCGGUGGACGUUUUGGAUUCUCUCCAUCUAUGAUGCCGUCUUGGUUGUCAUCGGCUUCUUUAUCCUCUCGGAGACGUACGAGCCCAUUCUCUUGUCCAGACAGGCUUCCAAACUCAGCAAAGGUACGGGAAGGCCCUACUUUACAGACGCCGAUCGCGAGUCCCAAGGAUUGGGUGUCAAGCUGUCGCGGUCCCUCAUGCGGCCGCUGCGGCUUCUUCUCACGCAGCCCAUCCUUCAGGUUGUCGCUAUCUUCCUCGCCUACAACUUCGGCAUGCUCUACAUUGUCCUGUCGACAUUUGCCACCCUCUGGAUCCAGCGGUACGGCCAGACCGAGUCCCAGAGUGGGUUUCACUACAUCGCCUUGGUCAUUGGCUACACGAUUGCUGCACAGGUAGGCGGCAAGGUCAUGGAUCGUCUUUGGCGCUACCUCAAGGCGCGGUCUGGCGAGAACACAGCGCCCGAGUACCGGGUCCCGCUCAUGGUUCCCGGUGCCGUCCUGAUUCCCCUCGGCCUCCUUCUCUACGGCUGGACUGCCGAGCGCCACACUCAUUGGAUCGUGCCCGACAUCGGCAUUGGCAUCUUCGGCUGCGGCAUCAUCCUCAACACGCAGGCCAUGCAGGCGUAUGUGGUCGAGGCCUUUCGCAAGUACGUAGCCUCCGCGUCGGCAGCGGCGCAGUUUCUGCGCAGCAUUGCUGGCUUCGCCUUCCCAAUCUUCGCCCCCGUCAUGUACCAUACGCUGGGCUAUGGCUGGGGAAACAGCAUCCUGGCUCUGACUUUUGUCGUCAUCGGAUGGCCUGCCCCCUUUCUCCUGUGGCGAUACGGUGCCAGGUUGAGGGCCAUGGGGAAGCCGCAGUGGUGA